ACCCUCAUGGCCUCUGCCUUCGGGGCCAGUGGUCAGCGGGCUCCUGUCUCCUGUCCCGCCCCCGACCGCAGGGAUUUAAGGUCUGCGAGGAGCUGGCUCGUUGCUGUUGAGGCCACCCAGGUGGUGGCGCGGCUGCUGUCCCCCAGGGCCUUCCCCCCACGCCACCGCGCCGUCCAUGGAUUUUGUUGCUGGAGCCGUUGGAGGAGUCUGUGGUGUUGCUGUGGGCUACCCCUUGGACACGGUGAAGGUCAAGAUCCAGACAGAGCCCAAGUACAGAGGCAUCUGGCACUGCGUCUGGGACACGUUUCGCCGGGAGAGGGUGUGGGGCUUCUACCGAGGCCUCUCGCUGCCUGUGUGCACCGUGUCCCUGGUCUCGUCUGUGUCUUUCGGCACCUACCGCCACUGCCUGGCGCACAUCUGCCGAGCUCGGUAUGGCAGCAGCGACGCCAAGCCCUCCAAGGCCGAUAUCACACUCUCAGGAUUUGCCUCUGGCCUGGUCCGCGUGUUCCUGACCUCGCCCACCGAGGUGGCCAAGGUCCGGCUGCAGACGCAGCCGCAGGUGCAGCUGCAGCCGCAGGCGCAGAUGCAGCAGCGGCGCCCCUCGGCCUCAGGGCCCUCGGCCGCGCCCCCCACGUGUGCUGUGCCCCCUGCGGGUCCGGGGCCUGGGCCCAAGUACCGAGGGCCUCUGCACUGCCUGGCCACGGUGGCCCGUGAGGAGGGGCUGCGGGGCCUCUACAAGGGCAGCUCGGCCCUGCUCCUCCGGGACGGCCACUCCUUCGCCACCUACUUCCUGUCCUACACCCUCCUCUGCGAGCAGCUCACCCCCACGGGCCGCAGCCAGCCAGACGUGCUGGGCGUGCUGGUGGCCGGGGGCUGUGCCGGGGUCCUGGCCUGGGCCGUGGCCACCCCCAUGGACGUGAUCAAGUCGCGCCUGCAGGCGGACGGGCAGGGCCGGCGGCGCUACCGGGGCCUCCUGCACUGCGUGGUGAGCAGCGUUCGGGAGGAGGGGCCGCGCGUCCUCUUCAAGGGGCUGACGCUCAACUGCUGCCGCGCCUUCCCCGUCAACAUGGCCGUCUUUGUCACCUACGAAGCCGUGCUGGGGCUCACGCGGGGCCUGUCCACAUAGCUAGUCCCCACGCCCAGGGCCAGCCUGCCCGCGGCUUGCGGACAUCGUCGUGGCUGCAGGAGGCGACGGGACUGUGGGGCUCUGGGCCCCGCUGCGCCACCACCUGGGGACAGCGGAGCCGUGCGGUGGCCAGAGCGAGCCGUGCCUGGGGCUUCGCUCCCCGGCUGCCGACCGUGAGGAGGCUCAGGGGCCCACGUGCCAUCAGCCUGGGGCUGGCUUGAGGGUCUCGUGAGCCAGCGAGGAGCGGGCCUCUUGGAUGAGGACACCUGUCACACGGAGCUGUUCCAACGCUCGGUCAGUUGGUCGUUCAGCGUCCCCGGGGCCUCUGCCUGCUGCCCGGGUCUUCAGGGCACCCCUGCACUCCCCCAGGGCCCGCCGCCACUCUCCCUGUGAGGCCCCUGCCCGCUCUCUUCUGCUGUUCGGUGAGCUCCUGUGCACCCGUCCCCUCUGCACCAAGCUGCCCAGAAAGGGCGCUGUCCCGACAGCCAUGACCAGCUUGGUGCCAGACCUGCUCACAUGCCCCUCCUCUGCAGGGGGAGCCCUGAGACUCCGCGGGGAGCUGUUGACAAUAAAAUGUUUUUGUUUGAAUGUG